UCAGUAGUGGUUUAUGUGAGGUGUCUGCUGCCCUCGGAAGUGAAAAAUAGUAAGACAAACAGCAAGGACAGCGUUAGCCAAGAACAAGAUAAUAAAAAAUACAUCAUAUCUGCAUAAGCAGAACGAAAACACUCUCCUAAUACAGGAUAAGAUUAGUUUCAUACACAAUUCAAUAACUACAUUUUCUUUCUACGACCAGAAUUUCUGUUUGCCAUAUUUGGUCAAUUUGAGGAGCAAAGCUAACGUUACAGGGCUCGAGUUAGCCACUUCGAAAGGAAGACUACAUUUUAUCAUCUUCCCUUCCUUUACGGAAGAGAAAAGCAAUAACCAGAUACAAGAUGAGGCUAGUCGUGCCCAAGGAUUGUAAUGAUUGAUCCGUGAUCCAAUGCCUUCAAAGUUUCUGUAUUGGAUAGACUACCGUGGACAAUGGCGCCUGCCAUUCCAGUAUUAUUCAGCUGUCCUUAUCUGACACUUCAGCCCUGUCAGUGUCAGAGAAGGUGCUGUCAGUGAGAAUGGGUCAAGGUCCCUACCUGCCGUGAGAUUGGAGACUUUUUUUGGCACUUUAAUCAAGAGACAGGGCGGAAGAUGGAGAAAGGGGUGGCUGAGAGCGAGAUGGAGGAAGAGACAUGGACUGUAGAGGCAGCUGAGGAGAGCCCUGAAGAGCUGCCCUCAGGUGUUCCUACCCUCUUGUCUUCCACCUCCAUGCCUGACCAGUGGGAAGUCAGAGGAGAUGAGGAAAGUCAUCAACCAGUUCCCAAAGAGGACAUGACAGACUAUCUCAAAGCUACCCCUCAGGAUAUCCCAACUCCAAUCAACCAGGACUCAGGAGAAGCAGAGUAUUGUGGGAUUGCAGAGGCCAAAGAGGAUGAAGUCUCUCUGAAACAGGAAGGGGCGGAGCAUGUGGUCAGAGAAGGAAAUGAGGAGACUGAGGGUGGAGAUGAAGACGAGAAUGGAGGAGGAGGCCGAAACGAAGUCGGGAGGGAGCCUGGCAUGAACGGGGAGUCGGGAUGGAAGAGCUCAGGGGCCGGAGGGAGGAAAGGCCGGUUCCGGAACAGCGGAGGAGGAGUGAUGGCAGCCUCCGAGCAGAAUACCCAGGCUACAUCAUCAUCCUACCUCCCUAAAGGGUCCCUGUCAUCGGGCGGUGGGAGGCACAAGCAGGCCCGGAGGCGCAACCACCACCACCAUCAGGGCCGGGGCCGGCGGCAGACAGGCACCCAGCUUACCUUGGCCUUCAGGGAGCUGCUGUCAGAGUCGCUCAGUCCCUGGUGCAUCUCCUGUAUCCACAUGGUGGUGGAGCUCAUUGUCUCUGUGACCCACCGCUGCGGGGUGGCCGUGGAAGCCGCAGGGGUAGCCCUCUAUGACCUCGGCUCACAGCUACUCAACAAGGUCACAGACGUGCCGGGGAUGAAGGCGGACGCCCGGCGUGUGCUGGAGAGGGUGAGUUGCGCUGGAACGGUCCUGGUGGAUAAGAGUAUCCGGUCGAUGGAGUGGGUCUGGCAGGCCUCCCUGACCUGCUUCGGACUCCUCUGUGCUGUGGUGCUACUGGGUUCCCAGUGGGCCCGGUUCACGCUCGUCCGGCUGGGUGGGGAGAGGGGCCAGCGGUGGUGGACAGCCGUGCAGGACUCCAAGGUCUGGAGGAGGGUGGCCUCGCUGGUGCAGAGGAUCAGCGGCUGGUUCAGGAGGAGGAGAGGCACCACUACCCAGGUGCCCCCUUUCACCCCAGAUUCUCCCGGUGGAGCAGUUAGGUACCAGCCUGGGCAGGAGCUGGAGAGACUGCUGGCGCUGGCUCAGGUCCCUGAAGAGGAGCUGGACCCUUUUAUAGUGUUGGGGGUGGAGGCCCACGCAACUGAAGCUGAGCUAAAAAGGGCCUACAGACAGUUGGCUGUUCAGAUCCAUCCAGACAAGAACAAGCACCCGCGUGCUGGGGAGGCCUUUAAGGUGCUCAGGGCUGCCUGGGACAUCGUCAGUAACCCAGAGACACGGAGGGAAUACGAGCUGAAGCGCAUGGCGCAGACGGAACUCUCCAAGUCGAUGAAUGAGUUCCUCACCAAACUGCAGGAUGACCUGAAGGAAGCUAUGAACACCAUGAUGUGUACGAAGUGUGAGGGUAAACACAGGAGGUUUGAGAUGGACCGGGAGCCUGCUGAGGCACGGUUCUGUGCAGAGUGUAACAGACGCCACAGCGCCGAAGAGGGAGACCUGUGGGCCGAGUCCAGCCUCCUAGGCUUACGCAUCACCUACUUCGCCUGCAUGGAUGGCAAGGUCUACGACAUCACAGAGUGGGCCGGGUGCCAGAGGAUAGGCAUCUCUCCAGACACACACCGCGUGCCCUAUCACAUCUCCUUCGGCUCCAAGAACAACAGUAGCUCCACGCAGCGCCACAGGACACCUGCAGGCCCAGAGCACCCUCCUCCAGGCCCGACCAACUCCGCUGACCUGCAGGACUUCUUCAACCGCAUCUUCCAAGGGGGACCUCCCCCCGACAUGGCUGCCAACGGGGGUUUCUUCCCCUCAGGACCGCCCCCCCACCAACCCUCUGGUGCUGGACCGGGACCUAGUGGACCUUUCUCCCCUCCUCCACCACAGACUGGCUUCUUCAUGCCUCCUGGAGGGUCCCGGCCGGAGCCCAGUGAGACGUGGGCGGAUAGCGGAGGCAAGCCUCCACCCCGCAGGAGGAGAAAGGUCCGCAAGCCCUUCCAGAGGUGAGAGCGGCCGUUGUUGUGACGUGUCAUCGUAGCAACACGGGGACACUCAACACACGGCCAUGUCUGUCGACGAGCCUGGACCUCCCCCUACUGUACAUAAGUUGAAGGGUCAGUCAAACUCAGGAAGAUUCACACGGGUCAGGGGCUGCCUCAUGUAUCAAAGACUGGCAAUACAGAGGCCAUGAGCCAGAGGUUAGAGUCUGGACCAUGUAGAAGAAGGAACUAACUCAGAGUUGAAGUAUAUUUGGGGUUAGGAGGUGACAGUCUUUUUGCUUCUCCCCCUCACAUUGUUUUUUUUCUCUUGAAACAGCUGUAGCCAUGCCACUGAUUAUCACAAGCCUAUUGCUAACAAUGCAAACAUUUCCUUAGGUCUUACUUCCCUCCACAAUCCUGCAUCAUUACAUGCCAUUGGACGCUUAUAUUCUUGACACGUUUGUAAUUAUUUUUUUAAACAAAAAAGGUAAUCUAUUCUUGCUUCAGGUCUUGGCGCAGACUGUGAAACUGUGUGUGUUAGUGUGAGAGGGGACAGGGCUGGAAGAAGCCAAUCACAAUUUAUGAAUUGCUGGAUCGAACGGCUCAAGCUACAUCUUGCUUUGACACACCCAUCCUUCCGCCCGUUGCCUUCUUUGAUCAAUUGUUAUCUGGUUAGAUUAUCAUUUGAGCAACUGAUUUUCUGCCAUUUUUAUUACUUUUAAUGAAGUUAGAGUGAACGUUUGCAUAGUUGUGACAUUUUGUCACUAUUGGAAAGUAAGUUGGUGUGUGAAAGUUCUCUCUGCCAAACAUAGAUAUCAACUCUGUCUAGAGUACAGUGAAUACUUUAGUCUAUCUCUCAACAAAUUGAAUCCCACGUAGAAGCACUAUGAUGAGGCAUCAGACUUAAGCAGGUUCACAUUAAAAUCAAGACUGUUAUAUUGUGAGAGUCAAGGACCUAGGCUAUUUACUGCUUUCAGUCCCUAAGUAUUGGUGUUAUUGUCUGGACGGCAUCCUAUGGAUCAAGAAAAGGCUAGUUUCAGCUCCUAAUUGCAUUUCAGCACCCUUUAAAGAUUGGAGGUGACAAAGUUUCCAUUGAGAACACAAUGACUGUGCAGUGUAAAAGAUUAGCUAUCAGAGGCUACUCUUUGACAUUUACUUUCCAACAGUUUAAAGGUUGAUUGAAAGACAGGGGAGCUGAAUGUCAACACUAAGAGUUCUAUUACCACCACAUUUUAUUUCAAAGAAAAGCUACCACUGCCUUCGCUUUCACCCCACGCUCAGACAGUAUACUCCAGAUUGAAGAGGGAUAGAGCGAACAGAAUUCAGAUCUCUAACAAUAUGUCUCAUUAUGGCAAAUCAUUGUAUUUUUCCUGUGGAGAUGGCGUAUUGGAAAUAAAUGUGGUAAAAGUUGGUCAAAUUCCUCUUAAAUGUUAAGAGGUCUGGGGCAAUAUGAAUCAAGCUUCCUCAGAGUAGGAUCAGGCCUGUCCAUGAAAAGGCUAAACUGAUCCUAGAUCAGUGCUGCUACUCUGAGACGCUUAAUGAAUACGGGCCCUGGUAUCGUUCCAUUAGCCUCUUGUUGGUUGUACCUUUGAUUUGUGUCAUUCUGUGGAUGUUGGGAGAUUAAGUGGUGCCUAAGGUCCCUUGUUGCACAUGUUUAUUUGCUCUCUUUAAAGUGAAAAAAGCUGAAUGCAAUUGGCCACUUAAAUGGAGGUAUUAUAGGAGGUUUAAUUUAAUCUCAGUUUUAGGCUGAAUUGCUUGUGCUGUCAAUUUAUGUUUUAGAUACCCUAGUUGACUUGAGAAUGUAUGGCUUAAGUAGCAGCCUAAAACGGCAAGUCAACUAACGGCUCCCAGCGUGGAAAAAGAGCCAAGAUCCCAGAUUAAUUUUUGUUUUUCCCAUGAUAUUUUAAAACAGUAUAUGCAACAAAAAAAAGAUUGCAAAAAAUAUGACAAUCGGCGUUAAAUGUGCAUUUUUUAAAUUUAUUUUGGGGGUAGGAAAGUGUGAGUUUGCUGGCAAGAGUUUAUUGCAAUUGUGAAACAUCACUGUUCAGUUGAUUUUAGCUUUUUUCUGGAUUUCAUAGUAAAGUUGAUUUCCUACAGACGGAUGAA